UAUAUUUUGUUUGCUUGCAUUUAUUACCCUUUUUCUAUACUAGAAUUUAACAAUAAAGGCAACAAGAGUACGUGUUACCUGUUUGCAGACCAUCUCAAAACUCAUUCAGGUUGCCGCGUCCAACAUUUAUUGCACUCCUAAGAUAUAGUCUCCAAAACCAAAAAUGAUGCCUGUAUGCAAACAAUUGCAACCAGCAGUGCAUAUCCCACCAUGUGGACUGAAAUUGAAUACCUUUACUCAAAGGCGUCCAAAGGACAAGGUGGUGAUCGUGAUGGGGGCAACAGGGACUGGAAAAUCGAGGCUAUCCAUUGACUUGGCGACCCUUUUCCCUGCAGAAAUAAUAAACUCAGAUAAAAUGCAAAUAUAUGAAGGCCUUGACAUAGCCACAAACAAGAUCACUGAAGAAGAACAACGUGGGGUACCCCACCAUUUGCUUGGGGUAGUAAAGCCCAAUGCAGAUUUCACAGCUCAAGACUUCUGUGACAUGACCUCACUCGCCAUGGAAGAUAUCUUGAGCCACCGUAAGCUUCCAAUCAUUGUCGGGGGUUCAAACUCUUUCAUCGAACACUUGGUGGACGAUAACUACAGGUCCAGAUACGAUUGUUGCUUCAUCUGGGUCGACGUCUUCAUGCCCAUUCUCCACUCCUAUGUCUCCAAACGCGUCGACCAAAUGGUCCGUAAUGGAUUAAUCGAAGAGGUGAGACAAAUGUUCGACCCAAAUGCCGAUUACAGCAAAGGGAUCCGCAGGGCAAUUGGGGUUCCAGAAUUCGAUAACUACUUCCGAAACGAAACCCAUUUGGACUCUAAAACUAAAUCUAAAUUACUAGAAGAAGCCAUUAAUGAAAUCAAGAAAAAUACUUGUAAACUGGCUAGUAGACAAUUGGACAACAUUAAUCGACUUAGAUAUAUUAAGGAUUGGAAACUUCAUCGCCUUGACGCCACCGAAGUGUACCAAAAGCGAGGCAAGGAGGCCGAUCAGGCUUGGAAUAAGCUCGUGUCUAGGCGCAGCGCUGCCAUCGUUGGCCAAUUCCUCCGUACAGAAACCCCAUUAGCCUCCUCUGCCACUCAUCUUUCCAGCCUUAGAGAUCGACUUCCAGCUAUGGCCGCUGCAAUAUCUCACUGAAGUAAAUUUUGAAGAAUGACUUGACACGUGUGUUAUAACCAGUAACACACGUGUCUUUUUACCAUUUUUCGUAAUUAUUUUUUAUAUAUAUAAUAACCUCAUUUACGUACUAGUAGAAGCACUACUAUUACUACUACUACUUAAAUUACUCCCAAAUCAAUAAAAUUACUUUUUCUUGUUUUUUAUUUUUAGGGGAAAAAAUAAAGUACUAUUACUACUAUUUGUUAUUUUAGCUUUCAUUGUAGGCUAAAUUUUGUAAAAUUUUACCCUCAUAUUAACUUUUGGUAUCUGAAUUUAUUAAGUA